CCUGCUACAGGGCGGAUGGCUGAAUUGCACGUUCUCUAAGACACCGAGAAUAGAGGGACGCCGGGAGAAGACUGACACUUCUUGAUGACGUAAAACCGGAAGUGACGAGGGACAAUAAAAUAACAAUAGCAGACAGAUAAGAUUCGGGCUUUACCUACUCCUAUGAUGCAGAAUUAUUAAUUUAGGUGGUGAAUGAUUGGCUGAGUAACCAUGUCCACCAUGAACAACUUGGAGGGCUCCGGUGAGCUGUCGGGUGAAGAGUGUGUGAGCUUCUGCUUGUCCAGCAUGCCCGACAUCAAAGUGGAGCACGUGAUGGAGUCCAGCCCAGAAGAGGGAACAGCACAGAAUGUAGCCAUGGGAAUGAAAUUCAUUCUGCCAAAUAGAUUUGACAUGAACGUCUGUUCUCGCUUCGUCAAGUCAUUGAAUGAAGAAGAUAGUAAAAAUAUCCAAGACCAAGUCAACUCUGACCUGGAAGUAGCCUCCGUCCUAUUUAAAGCUGAAUGCAACAUCCACACCUCCCCAUCCCCCGGCAUACAGGUCAGACACGUGUACACCCCGUCUACCACGAAACAUUUUUCUCCUAUCAAGCAGUCCACUACACUGACCAACAAACACAGGGGCAAUGAGGUGUCCACUACACCCCUGCUGGUGAACUCCCUGUCCGUUCACCAGCUUGCUGCUCAAGGAGAGAUGGUAUAUCUGGCAAGUCGUCUGGAACAAGAAAACGUGAUCAACCUCACAGAUGAAGAAGGUUUCACACCACUGAUGUGGGCUGCCGCGCAUGGACAGAUCGCUGUGGUCGAAUUUUUACUUCAAAAUGGUGCAGAUCCUCAAGUGCUAGGAAAGGGUCGUGAAAGUGCCCUGUCACUGGCUUGUAGUAAAGGAUACACGGAUAUCGUGAAAAUGCUGGUGGAGUGUGGAGUGGAUGUCAAUGAGUACGACUGGAAUGGUGGAACGCCCCUGUUAUAUGCUGUCCAUGGCAACCAUGUGAAAUGUGUGAAAAUUCUUUUAGAGAAUGGCGCAGAUCCGACCAUUGAGACGGACUCUGGAUACAACUCCAUGGACCUAUCUGUAGCAUUGGGACACAGGAGUGUUCAACAAGUCAUAGAGAAUCACCUUUUGCAGCUUCUUCAAAGUAUCAAGGAAUAAUGGACUUUUUUAUACUACAAAAAGAAGAUUUGGAAAAUUUGUAUCAUGCAGUAAAGUGUUAUUAUUUAUUUUACACCUUUCGAUAUGCACUGACCAGCCAUUACAUUAAAAGUGGUUAUCUUGUGACAGUGACACCUGUCAGGUGGUGGGAUACAUUAGGCAGCACGUGAACAAGUGGAAAAACUGUUACUCUUAAACCCCUUUCCACCCUGGUACUAACCUCAGGUACCUAAUGUGAAACGAUAUAUACAUACGAUGCAGGGAUGGUACCAGCUUGGCAGCUUACCUGCCAGCUCAGCAGAAUUUGAGAACAAUCUGAUCAUGGCCAUUCAACCCCAUAGAUGCCACAGUCAAUAGCGACUACAGCAUCUAAAUGGUUAGACUGUGUGGGAUCCCUCUGUCACCCCAUUGGUGAUCCCCUACAAAUUAGGGUUUAAAUGGGUUCUAAUGGCAGACAGAGACCUUAUAAAGACCAGAUACCACUUUUGGGGUCUAUUCCUUCACAGGUCAGAGGUAUUUUGGCAUCAUUAGGGACCUACACAAGGCAGGUGGUUUUAAAUGUUCUGGAUGAUCGGUGUAUGACAUUUUAACACACUUUACGCUACUGCUGUUAGACUGUGGGACACGCGGCUCCUGUGGUACUACAGAGACUUCUUCUAGCUGAAACUGAUAUGAAUGCAUGGAGAAAAAAUGUCACUCAGUCUACUUUGUUUGAGGUCAAUCGUUGCUCCUGUGAUAAUACUGUUCAAGGGGUACCUGUCACCAAACAAAACUUUUAAUCUAUUGUUCCAUAUAUAAUUAUAAGACACUUUGUUAUCACUUGCUGUUAAAAUUCUCAACCUUUUAUAUGUUUUUAAUGUGAUUAAAAACGGCCACUAGGUGGCUCUGUUCUGGCUGUGUUCAGUUCCCUGCACAAAUCAAACAGUUAGUUUGGUCUCCUCCCGGCAUGGCAGGAGACCAAACUCAGAAAGUGUGUGCGGGGCAUGGCGAGGCACAGCUCUCGCAGGCUUCAGUGACAAUACGCCUGCUUGGGAACGCCCACUUUAUUCUCCGGGGAGCUCACACAAAGUGAGCAAGGGUAAAGGUAUGAUACACAGCUUUUUAAAACUCUGAAAAUUUUAUUAAGGGCAGGAGGGGUGUUAGAAGUAGUUAGGGAAUAUAAUAGGAGUUAGUUUGUAAAAUAUGGUUUAAUGACAGGUAAUCUUUUUGCGUUUUCUUCCAAUUUAUAUCUCCCUGGUAUAUGUCUUUAAUUGUAAAAUGACUAAAGCUGGCAAUGUUUUUCUGUUUGCAGAUCUAGAAAAAAAAUCUUUAAGAUCUGCUAACAGAGGAUGCCAGCAGUAAGUUUCCUGGCACAUACUGUUGGAGAGACAAGGAACUGUUAAGUUGGCCAUACAUUUCAGUUUUCUGGCCAACAUUCAUCAAGAUCAGUGUUUCCCAACCAGGGUGCCUCCAGCUGUUGC